AUUUUAAUGAUAUGGGGGUCUCCGUAGCUUUUACAACAAAUUAUACUUUACAAAUAAAUCCAAUAAUUUCAAUACUUUAUUUUCCUUCUUAUCAGGGCGUCUGCAUAUUGUUUUUAUUAAAUAUUAAAUACUAAUAAACAGUGGGCGAGAUUUGAAAAAUCUGCAUUUAUGAAUGAAGUGUUUUGCCAAAAUGAGAACAUUCCCAAAAUUCUCAAACGGUGUUCUGUCUUUUUAAGGAAGUGUUUGACGUCAUAAACCAGCGACUCCAUAUCUUGACACCGGUGGGAUUUGCCCAUGUGAAUUAUGUAAAGACAGUAGGCAAAAUAUCAGCACGUCCACCUGUACUAGUAGACACUUUUAUCUUUAAAAUAAAUAUACAUUCAGAUACAUUAUCUGUAUUUAUGUAUAAAACGUGAACGAUGUUUCGUGUUUAUUGCUCAAGGUGGGUUUUAUCCGGCGUGUCCUUGACAGUGGGCAUCGGCAUCGGUGCCACCUUGACAGGAGCCGGUGAUUGCCUUAAUAAACCCCGUGAUACGACUCACGAUGGACUCCUCGACCGCAUACCGAUCAUCCCUAUACCGAGCGUAGAUGCGGCGUCAGAUGUCACCCCCUAUCAGCCGGGACAGGUCGCUGCAAACAAAUCUACAGCUGCGAUGAAGUACGGCUUCCCUUCACUGUCUAAUAUCAAGAGCAGGGAGUCUUACGUGACCUCAUAUGACCCUAGAAACAGGACUGCGGCGUGGGUGAUCGAGCAGCUCAACGCUGAGACUCUAACCGGGACAUCGGACAGAAAGUUCUGCGAUUUUAAAGAGGAUGACACGGUACAUGUUUACCACAGAUCGAGCAAUGCGGAUUAUAAGGGCAGUGGGUUCGACAGGGGACACCUAGCCGCAGCUGCCAAUCACAAGUGGAGUCAGAAAGCCAUGGAUGACACCUUCUACCUGAGCAAUGUGUCACCACAGAAUCCUCAUCUAAACCAGAAUGCAUGGAACAACUUGGAGAAAUAUUGUCGCUCUCUGACCAAGCAUUACCAAAAUGUAUUUGUGUGCUCUGGACCACUCUACUUACCCCGACAGGAGCCUGAUGGCAAAAUGUAUGUGAAGUAUCAGGUUUUGGGAAAGAACCAUGUCGCUGUGCCAACUCACUUCUUUAAGGUUGUGAUUCUGGAAAAGCCACGAGGAGACGUAGAGCUGCGGUCGUAUGUGAUGCCAAAUAUGCCCGUAGAUGAGAAAAUCCCACUGGAACGCUUUUUGGUGCCCAUUGAGAGCAUAGAGAGAGCAUCCGGGCUGCUCUUCAUACCCAACAUCAUGAAGAGGACAACCAGUCUAAAAGCUAUUACUGCAGGACCAUGAUUAUUUUACAUAUAUUACUACUGAGGGGAAAAGAUAAACAAUGUCAUAAUUGGUUGUAAUAUUAGACGUAAAAUACCUCAAAAUGCUUCAUUAUGUCACUUGUCACAUUUAUUAAGUUAUUGGAAAAAUGUAUUUUAAGGUUUAUCAGGGUACUUGGGAAAAAUUACUGAGACAGCUUGUAUCUGGCAUAUUUCAUUGUCUAACAGCUCUAAUUAUUAAUUAGAUAUUAUGCAUCACAUACCAUUACUAUUUUUUAGGUUUCAGCCAAAAUCAGUAUUUUUAAGGAUUAUUUUGACCCAAUGCCUUUUUGAAAUGAGUCAAAAUGUAUGUUUUCAAUUUGUAACUGUUAAAUGUUUGUACUACUCAAAAUAAAAAGAA